AAGGAACAAACGAGUUGAACUAGAUUUCACUGUAGCUGCCAGGUGAACAUCAUGUAUCUGACUUAGCGAAGAAACCGCGUUGUAUGUGUGUUUAUUAAUAUUUUAAGUCUGGAUUUUAUAUCUUAUUACGACUUUAAAAUGAGGAAACUGCUGCAGAAAGUCAACCUUUUGAAUUUAUCUUUAAACUUUGCAUUUUUGUAGGAUUUCUUGCUAAGUAUCGCUACUAGAAAGGUAAACAUUUGCAAUGCUAACUAUAGUGUUUACAGACUAAGACACCUCAGUGCUUUUUUGGUUCGAUCAGCUGGUGCUUUGGCUGAACUCUCGCUUUCUUAAGGGUGUCAAUUGUCGCCCCGGAAAACCCAAAUAUGAUCCGACGUCUGGGGAUUAAUCCUGCAGCUCUGGCUUACGCCAUGACCACCCUCGGGUCAGGCAUGAUUAAUAAUAUUUUCAGCUUCUACUAUGUCAAACUCUUCCUGAAUAAGUACAAAAUAUCUGAAGGAGCAUUCCACCAAUCACAAGUGGUGUACAUGGUGUGGAAUGCAGUCAAUGACCCCCUAUUUGGUUACCUGCAAGACACCUCCAAGGUUCCCUGCUGCUCUCAGCGACGCCUCUCCAUCCUGUAUGGUGCUCCCCUCUACUCACUGGCUUUUCUUCUGGCUUGGUUCCCAUGGCGAUCCUACACACCUGGGGAUUGGUUGAGUGGGUUGCACCUGACAGUCGCCCUCUGUGCUUUUGAUGGUAUGCUGACUUUUGUGCUGCUGGCUCAGUGCGCCUUGUUUGCAGAAAUUUCCAGCCAUCACCAAAACCGAUUAAGACUUAUAAAGUACAGCCAAGUGGCUUCUCUCGUUGGCUCCUCCAGCAUUCUCUUCUGUGGAGUGCUGUCCAAAAACAUGGAAGAUUUUUCAGCUUUUCAGGCAUUCUCGGUGCUGACUGCUGUCCUGAGCUGUGGCUGCAUGCUCUACACAGGCUUCCACAGCGAGGGCCGCUUUGAUACUAAAGCACCUGAAGCAGAGAUUCCAAGAUCUGUCGAUGGUGCUGCUUCUAGCCAAGUUGCAGAUUCUGCCUCCAUGAUGUGGAGGUUGACAUGGCAGAUUCUGACUAACAGAGACUUUCAGCUGUUCGUGCUCAUGAACUUCUUCCAGGUGUUCAUGUUGGCUUUCUUUAAUAAUUUUACCAUUAUAUUCACUGAGCACCUAAUUCCUCCAGACGUUCUUCCAUCGCUGGCUAAGAGUGUCAUGUACGGAGCAGGAUUCAUCUGCCCGCAGUUAUUAGUGUUGGUCUGUCAAGGUCAGCUGCAAAAUCUGGGGUACUAUAGGAUCAUCCUCUUCACUUUCUAUGUGGAGGUCGGAAUGGCGAUCAUCAUGCUAGCUCUUGGUCCUCAUCAUUACUAUAUCAUGGCGUUUUUUCUCACCGCUAACAUGGUUAUCGUUCAAGCAGCCUUCAGUCUUUUUAGCCUGCCCCUGGCUGACAUCAUUGACACCGACAUGCAGAAGCACAAACGGAGCUCUCCCUUGUCCUCCAUGGUGUUUGGAACCAAUGCGCUGUUCACUAAGCCGGCUCAGUCUCUGGCACCAAUGAUAGUUCUUAACAUUCUGAACCAGUUUGGAUAUGAACAGCUGAAGGAUCCAGGCAACAAUUCAGACCCAAGUGCUUUGGAAGGCCUCCACAGUGUCAUGUUCUACUUGGUUUGUCUGGUGCCCGUGUGUGUUGCAGCCCUGCAAGCUCUGGCCUGGAGGCCCUUCUCCAUUCGUAGCAGUCACACCCUUGAUGCAAAGUAUGUAGACUGCUAGCAUCAAUGAGACUGGUAACACAUGUGGAAGCUCUUUAGGAAUCAGGUGAAAAACAAUGGGAAAUGUUGAGAAUUCGAUAAAGUGGAUGAGUCUGUAAAUUCAUUGCAGAUGUUCAACUACAGCAUUAUAAUGAGACUUGAUUUAUGAACACACUGGUGACUUUGAAGUAGAAUGUUUAUGACGCAAAGUCAUGAGACUGUGAUUAGUGCCUUAACCUUUUGCCAGAAAAAACCAUAUUGCUUAAUAUUUGUGUUUUCUUUACAAAACACUGGGUUUACUUUUUUUGUCUUAUAUAGUCUGAUCUUAUUUUUUGCUGCUGACUUCCCAGGGAAAUGAUUAACUUGAAAAGUUGUAAAAUGAUCUAAGUAGAUGCCAACACUAAAGCUAAAAAAAAAACGACUGGUUCAUGCAUUCAUUGACAUGGAAUGGGUAACUAGUUCAUCUUUUAGGUACCAGUAUGUGCUCAUUUCAUCCAACAACAAUAAAAGAACGUUUUUACCCUCUUGACAUGUUAUAUUUACCGGUACACGAUAGAGAUCAAAUACUGUUGAUCUGCAAACUGCUUUGUGCCAUGAACAUUUUCAUUCAACAAGGCAAUGAAAUCAAAUGUGUUCAUGUUUUAUUCAACAAAAUGCAAUGAAGCCAGCAAGAUGGAUGUGUUAUACAAGAAUAAUUUAAUCUAAUAAAACUUUAUCAAUAUUACAUAUUGAUAAUAUUAAAACAAGAAAUACAAAAAAAUGUAAAUACAAAUGAAUAUCACAUUGAUCGAGGAAAAUAAAAAACAUUACAUUAAAAAUGGAAAUAUGCAUAAAUCCAGCUCACAUUAAAAAUAUAUUAAAAGGUGUACUGAAAUAUGUUUGACGGAUAACAUAAUCCAAUAGAAAAAAUGUGAAUUUCAAUACAUUUUUAAAUGCAAGAUGUAUUUGUUUAUACUUGAUACAUACUUCUAUUGUCUCUGGUUUCUGUUUAUAAUAAUAGAGCUCUCUCUGGGCCAAUCAAUGGGAAUGUAUUUUCUUUUUUGUAUUUUUUGAUUAAAAAUACACUUAAA